GCGCUUACCCGAUGACGUGAUCGCCCACCCGGAGCAUCGAAGACGACAACAUGGGAAAAGCAAAGAAAACUAGAAAAUAUGCAGUCAUGAAGCGAAUGAUUAGUUUGCGAGAUUCACGAAUAAAUGAAAAAGACAGAGCAAAACCACAGAAGAAAAUUAAGGAUGAUCCCAGUGCUUUGAAAAUCAAAGAAGUGGUCAAGUAUCCUUCUUGCCUGUUUUUCCAAUAUAACACACAGCUGGGCCCUCCCUAUUAUAUCCUGGUUGACACCAAUUUCAUCAACUUCUCCAUCAAGACUAAGCUGGACAUUGUUCAAUCGAUGAUGGACUGCUUGUAUGCAAAGUGUGUUCCCUGUAUCACGGACUGUGUGAUGGCAGAAAUUGAGAAGCUGGGACAGAAGUACAGAGUUGCGCUAAGAAUAGCAAAGGAUCCACGGUUCGAGCGAUUACCUUGCACACACAAAGGAACAUAUGCUGAUGAUUGUUUAGUGCAGAGAGUCACACAGCACAAGUGUUACAUUGUGGCGACAGUGGACAGAGAUCUCAAGAGGAGGAUCCGAAAAAUUCCAGGAGUCCCUAUUAUGUACAUCUCUAAUCAUAGGUACAACAUUGAACGGAUGCCAGAUGACUAUGGUGCCCCCAGAUUUUGAAAAGGCAGCAAACUUAUGUUUACAUCAAAAGAUUGGUGUUUGCUGUUUGUCAAUAUCGCUGUACCUGUUGAAUAAAAACUUGGGGCAUGUACAUGUUCCACAAAAUUGUAUAAAAGAAUUUUGUUUCAUAGUAAAUUAAAGUGUUAUUUGGAGAAGUUUUAAACUAA